UUUUUUUUACUUUCAUGUCUCUUUAGGCGCUCCCUAAUCUGAACAUAUAAUUGAACAUCGAGGAAAAUUUGAGGGUGUAGGAUAUACUUUUUUUCCCCAGAAAAGUUGGAGUCCAGUUUCAACCAUUUUUUAUAGACUAAAAUAUCCCACACAGAGCACCUGAACGCGCCACGGAGGGAGAACGCGCAGAUCUUCAUAAAAAAGCCUCCAUGUCAGAAGUGAGCGUUUGCAUCUCUUUAUAUCUCCAAACGUAUGUAUCCGGAAUGUUGUCCCCGCCCCGGUCUACACUCCCACCCCAGAACUUCUAAAUGAAAAUCCUCAAAAGCCUGGUGGUUGUGCGGAGUCAGCGGGAAGUUUGGUGUGAGUUUCUGCACCUCGGAACGCUUUGGCACGGACGCAGAGCGCAGGAUACUUCUGCAAGAAGGAGAAGAAAAAAAUAAUAAUAAAAUAAACUCACACACGUAAAGAUGAGCACGAACGAGAAGAAUGACCUGGCGACGGUUAUUGUUCCCAAUGGGCUCCCCCAGGGACCGAAAAAGGUGGAGGACAGGGGACACUGGGGGACCAAAGCCGAGUUCAUCCUCACGGUGAUGGGAGCAAUCAUCGGGCCCGGGAAUGUGUGGAGAUUCCCCUACCUGUGCUACCGAAAUGGGGGAGGUGUGUUUUUCAUCCCUUACCUUUUGUUCAUAUUCACCUGUGGAAUACCUCUGUUCUUCCUGGAGACAGCCCUGGGUCAGUUCACCAGCCAGGGGGGCAUUACAUGCUGGAGGAGAAUUUGUCCACUUUUCCAAGGAAUGGGCUAUGCCAGUCACUUAAUCAUCAUGUUUGGCGCCACCUCCUACAUCAUGAUCCUCACAUGGUCUUUCUUUUACCUGUUCUCCUCCUUCAGUUCAGACCUGCCUUGGGCCUCAUGUGGAAAUGAGUGGAACACAGAUACUUGCUUUGACAGCAAUCUGAAUAACAGCCAGUUCAGACACAACAGCACUCUUCCAGUUGUGGAGUUCUGGCAGCGUCGAGUUUUGAAGGUCUCAAGUGGCAUUGAGGAUGUGGGCAGCUUGAGGUGGGAGCUGGUCUUGUGUCUCAUCUUGAGCUGGAUCAUCUGCUACUUCUGCAUCUGGAAGGGAAUCAAGUCAACUGGAAAGGCGGCCUACUUCACAGCCACAUUCCCCUUCCUCAUCCUGUUUAUUUUGCUCAUAAGGGGUGUUACCCUGCCAGGGGCAAUAGAUGGGAUCAUCUACUACCUGUAUCCUGACAUUUCUCGUUUGUCAGAUCCGCAAGUGUGGAUGGAUGCCGGCACUCAGAUCUUCUUCUCAUAUGCCAUCGGUCUCGGCUUCCUCACUUCUCUGGGGAGUUAUAAUCAUUACAACAAUAACUGUUAUAGAGACUGUUUCUACUUAUGUUUACUGAACAGCGCCACCAGCAUCGUUGCCGGUUUUGCCAUUUUUUCUGUUCUAGGAUUCAUGACAUAUGAACAAGGUGUGGACAUUUCUGAGGUGGCAGAAUCAGGCCCAGGCUUGGCUUUUAUUGUCUACCCACGUGCUGUAGCUAUGAUGCCUAUGCCUCAGGUGUGGUCAGUGUGUUUCUUCCUCAUGAUCAUCCUGCUAGGACUGGAUAGUCAGUUUGUUGGUAUGGAGUGCGUGAUGACAUCACUGGUUGAUCAUUUCCCCAAUUACCUGCAAAAAGGCUACCGGCGUGAGAUCGUUCUGCUUAUAAUCUGCUGUUUCUGCUGCCUGCUGGGACUCCCCAUGGUCACUGAGGGGGGUAUAUACCUCCUUCAGUUGUUGGACCAUCAUGUCUGCAGUGGAACCACUCUGCUGCUCCUCUCCUUCUGUGAGUCCAUCAGCAUUGGCUGGGUCUAUGGUGCAGACCGUUUUUACAACGACAUCUCCAACAUGAUUGGCUACCGCCCACAUAUAUUUAUGAAAUACUGCUGGAAAUACAUCACCCCCUUUGUCUGCUUUGGGACCUUCAUCUUCUCCAUUGUGAAAUAUUCUCCUCUGAAGUUCAGCAGCACUUAUGUUUAUCCACUGUGGGCCAACAUUCUGGGUUGGUUCAUUGCCACAGUUUCCCUGUUGCUUAUCCCGCUGUUUGUGUUGCUUAAAGUUAUCCAGGGGGAAGGUUCUCUGCGGCAGCGUUUGUUUCUGCUCUGCCAACCCGAGGCCGACCUGGACCGCACACAACCACCUUCUGGUCAGGGAAGCAUUGGCUCCUGCUCCCAGACGGAGCUCAAGCCCCUCACCCAGAAUGGGGAACUCAGACACCUUCAACAAUUUAACUGCACGGUGGACAGUUGUCCUGUCAACUAGUUCCAGUGUCAGCCGUUAUAAACUGCUGUCUUCCUUUGCAUGGAAAAAUCUUUUCUGUGACAAAGAUAUUCUACCUGAACAGGAAUUAUCCACAAAGACAAAUAAUUUUAUGUGCAGUUCUUGCAACUCUCCCAUUUUAUGUAAAUUAGUGUUUUAUAUACUUUUUUAAAAAAUAUGUACAGUUUAAAUUUUGGGAACUCCUACAUAAAAAAGUUUCCACAUUCGCAUAUGUCAUCAUGGAGCUUUGUUAGAGAAAACAAGAAAUAUUAACGAUUGGGUUGCACAGAAAUAGGUAACGGAAAUGUUUUUUUUUUCUUGCUCCUCACAUUCUUCUGUAUGGUUCCUCACGAUAACGGUAAGCAUGGGACUGAAUGAAAGUUGACUGAAAAUUAGCAAGUGAAAAAGCAAAAGUGAGAUAAAAGAUAAGAUUAAACCUUGAAAUCUGGGCCCAAUUUAAUAUAAUAUUCUGGCAUUGAGUUGCUUCACAAAUAAACAGUUUAUCAAUUUUUACAAAUGCAUUGUGGGAAAAUCUGUCAUUCCUAAAACUUUUCUAAAUAGUGUUAUCUUAUAAUCUAAUUAUGUUUUAAUUGAUCCUGGGAAAUCCCGACUAAAUGGUUCCCAAAUGUGGCUGAAACUGAUCCUUCAGGGAUUAAAUGUGCAUAAGAAGUGCACUUUUAAAUGCAACUCUGGCACACGUAAUGUAAAUACGCAACAAUACAGGACUGAGAAUCGGAAAUGUUGACAGCUGAAGCAAAGGACAUCAUUGUGGAAGUAAUGCUUUAAAUAAUCCUGGUUCAUGUGAGACGGAGUGAGGAUUCAGUGGGUUUUAUCUAAGCACUUAAGUUCAGACACAUGAGUGGAAAGAUGUUUCUCUCAUGUUUUGGUGUCACUUCUGCACAACAGAUGUGAUUGAUAACCAGUAAAACAGAUAGUAGGACUAAUAAACUUCUCUACCACCACCUAAAAUCAAUAAGACAUUUGAGCCAGUGUGGUUGAAAGCAACCAGACAGACUUUCUGUAUGGCUUCAAGCGCAUUCAUGUACGUGCAGCCUUUGAUCUCUGAUCACCAACAGAAAUCUAACAAGUUCUCACUUUCACACAGCAGUCAAACACAUCAGUUCAUGACUUGGGGCAAAAACGUAUCUGCUCGGCAGUCACGUCUCUCCCGCUGGUUUAACACGUGGAAUCUCUUUCAAAAGCUGUCAGCCUCCUUCCCUUUAAACUCCCAACCUCUCCCGUCUCUUUCAGGCUUGAGCAAAGUUGACACAGAUGCUUCUGAGCAGCAUUCCGCAUUAACAGUAUCCCAAACACGCCCAGGAUAAUGAGCAAUUACUCACACAAGGUGUGAAGAAAUUUUCCGAGCAUUUAAACUGAUCAAAUGUGACUAUGAGAAUCCCUCUUGUGCUGUGAAGUGGAGCCAAGAGGCUCACAGGUGACUGCACCAGAGAUGGGAUCACUCAGGAGCCGUAAAUCACAUGUUAUUAAAAAAAAAAAAAAAAAAAAAAAACUACCUUUUUUAAUUCAUAUUUUGUUAAUAUGUUAUGAGCUGCUUCAUAAUUGUUGACACCACUUUAGAGUCAAAAUGACUUGAUGCGCCUCUGUGUUUGGGUGAAGGGUUUCCAAAUCACUUUUAUAUCUCUGUAUAAAACUGGUAUUCCAUUCAUGUUCUUUCUGAAAGAAUUUCAGCUUUGUUGCUGCUUCAGUGUAUGAAUAAAAAGAACAUUUACCAGAACA